AUGGAGCAACAGGAAGAGAAAAGUUCCCCUGACCAUGAAGAGGAAGAUGAGGAGGAAGAAGCAGAGAAUGGGGAGGAGAGUCAGGACGGUCCACUUCUAGUUCCUCGUGUGAAAGUAGCAGAAGAUGGUUCAAUUAUUCUGGACGAAGAAAGUUUAACUGUAGAAGUUCUAAGAACAAAAGGUCCAUGUGUUGUAGAAGAAAAUGAUCCCAUCUUUGAGCGUGGCUCUACAACUACAUAUUCCAGCUUCAGGAAAAGUUUUUACACAAAACCAUGGUCAAAUAAAGAAACAGACAUGUUCUUUUUAGCUAUCAGUAUGGUAGGAACAGACUUCUCCUUGAUUGGACGGCUGUUUCCUCAUAGAGCAAGAGCAGAAAUUAAGAACAAGUUCAAACGUGAGGAAAAAGCUAAUGGAUGGAGGAUAGACAAAGCUUUCAAAGAAAAGCGGCCCUUUGAUUUUGAAUUCUUUGCCCAGCUGCUUGAGAAGGUCUUAGCAGAUGAGGAAAAGAGGAAGCAAAAGACUGUUAAAAGCCAGAAGCCAAAGGAAAAGAAGCCAUCAAGGCCUCGGAAGAAGCCAAAAGCAAAAGCUGCCAGCACAGAAGCUGCUAAUGAUCAAGAUGAUCUUCAGGAAGCCAGAAUUUCUGAUGCAGAAACAGAAGCAGAUGCUGUGACGGCUGAGAAAGAAAAUGAGGAAUCUUUGGGCAUUUCUGAACAGGCAGAAGAACAGGUUGCAUUAGAGCCAGCGUUAGCAAAAAAGAGAAAGAAGAGAAAAGAUGGUCUUGAACAGGAAGUGGAGAAUCUUCCAGAAGAAAUGGCUGUCCCUUCAAAAAUUGCUGAAGAAGGGAAAUCCUCUAAGAAAACAGAAAAAAAAAUGGUAUGUGAUGCAAACAAUGAUGGUCGUACUACCUGUAGAGAAGAACUGGAUAGUGUCAUUGAAGGAAAACAAGAUGAAACAGCUGUUACAGAGGACGAGAGAUCAGAGUCCUGUUUAUCAGUGGAUGACAUAAUGGAGAGAGAAAGUGAUGUCAAUUUAUGCAGCUUUGAAGAUAGCUGUGAUGUUAUACUAGAAACAGAAUCUGCUAAACUGAGAACCCUAAAUAUUAGGGAUGAUACAUCACAGGAAAGCCAGAUUUCAGAGUUACAGGUUCCAAAGAUUAGAAGCAAAGAAAGACAAUCUGAAGAAACUAGAGAAACAAAGAACAAAGACAUACAUGACUUACUUAGACCAGAUGAAAAGCAGAGUGCAUCAGAAAGUGAUUCUCAGUCUGAGAUCAUGAAAACCGAGAAGCCAGCAGACAGAGGGCACUUGCAAAGACCUAAACCCAAUUCAGUGGGAUCAUCUGGAAGGAGAGAAGCAGCAACCCAAGAAAAAAUGGAGGCCGAGACUUCCUCUCCAAACCUUGUGAAUACAGAUGAAAAGUGCUCUGAGGAAGACAGUAGAAGAAACAGAAAUGAAGCUAUGGAAGUAGAGAACAAGUAUUUGGAUACUAAAUCUGAAGAACCUGAAAAAACUGUAAUUGCAAAGGCAAUAGUUAGAGGAUGUCGACAGAGGUUUAAGCCUAAUGUUACAAGAGCGUCUGGAAGGAAAGAAGAGCCUGGAAAAGAUGCAAGAAAUGAUAAAAUGUCCCAUCCACAGCCUAAGGGAGAAACCGAAAAGAAUACUGAUCAAAGCAAUAGGUCUGAUGCUACCAGUGAAGAAGCUGCACAAAAAGAUGAUAAAGUCCUGGAGACAGUGUCUCAGUCUAAUGAAACAGCUGGUUUCCAAGAAGACAGCAAACAGAGUGUGCUGAAACCAACACCUCUGAAGAGAGGCAGAGUGCAGAGACCAAAACCAAAUCUAGGAAGAACUGUUGCAAGGCAAAAAGACCUGACAGAUGAAAAAGUUCCUGAAGAGGAGAAGACUGAAGGUGGAGAAGUAGAAAAAGCUGUUAUACACCAUAGGGAUGAAAACAAUGAUCCAUGCCUCAAAAAUGAUGUGACGGUUCAUGAAGAUGCUCAGCCAUGCAAUGUGAUGUUAGAAGGGGACAUUUCUACAGAUUCUGAGAUGAACUCAAUACAUACAAGGCAGUGGUCCCACGAAAAGUCCUCAGAAGCAGAAAGCUAUGAAAGUGAAAAGGGGUUGUCAGAUGUCUUGAAACAGGUUUCAGAUUUCAAUACAGGGGAAUCAGGUCCUCGGAAGGAAGAUGAGAAAACUGUUGUAUCAUCAGCUCGGCUACUGAGGAGUCGAUUCCAGAGACCAAAGCCAAAUUUAAGAACGACAACUGUUAGAAGGGAGGUGCUGGAUGUAAAUAAUAAAGGUGUAUCACAGAAAGAUACCAACAAGGCAGAGAGUUUGACACAGUGUGACAGUGCAUGUAGCAUCCUUCCUGAUACAGAUAAGGCAGGAAAACAUGAAGUCCUGCAACCACUGGAAUCCUUAGGAAAGAGGAAGUCAUUUGGCUCUCAGGAGGUUUCUGAGAGGCAGAGCUGUAAGUCCCCAAAGACACUUUCAAGAUCAGAGGAUGAUGAACUCAAGUUUUGUCUACCUGAAAUUAACCAAGAUGAUACCUCAACUACUAAUGCAGACAUUGAUAGCAAAAAUACCACUGAAGAAGAAAGUAAACAAACACCUCUUCAGCCUGUCCAGUUAGUGCGGAGCAGAUUCCAGAGGUACAAGCCAAACUUGGGAAGAGCUAUUGGAAAGAAAGAAUUACAAAUAUCAGAAAAUAAGAGGGAGAAAAAGCCUGAAGCAGAGCAGUUAGUAUUGCAAAAAGAUGAGUCUGCCAAUACUGUCAUGGGUGAAAAUGAAGCUGUAUUGUGUCAAGCAGAUGUAUUGAGCAAUGAGGAACAGGAACAGCAAGAGGUGCCUCAGGUGCCCUGUAUUUCUGAAAACAUACUGUGUGAACGAAGCAGUGCUGAAAAAUCCAUUUCCCAAGAAGGCAAGCUGGGUGCUCUGAAACCAGGACAAUUCAUAAGGAAUGGAUCUCGGAGAACUAGACCAAACCUAGAAAGAGCAUAUAACGAAAAAGAAUCUCCAGUGGCACAGAAACUUGCUGCUCCACUUGAGGAAGAAGCAAAUAAAGGAGAGAGUCUUCCUGAGACAGAAGUAUCUGAGGAACCUCUUUCCUCAAAAGAGGACAUGGAAGUAUUGUUGUUUGUGGGGAAUUUGGCCAAGAAUGAUAAUAUAGACAUAAAUCCAAAAAGUAUGAAGUCAGAAACGCUCUGUUCCUCUAAAAAAUCACCUAACUGCCACAGCAAGGGAGAACAAGAAGGUCUAUCUACAGACGCUAUAGGGAGCGUUCAGGAUACCAUAGAAAGGUCCAAUGAUAAAUUAAGUUCUGGAGAAGAAAGUAAAAAGAGUGAUACAAAACCUUUGCAUCAAGCGAGGGAAACCCUCUGGAACCCAAGGCCAAACCUAAUGAGAGUUACUAGAAAAAGAGUUUAUGCUGAAGAAGGUGAAAACAGAGAAGAGGACAAUGCUGAGAAUAGAAAUGCAGAAGUGUGUUUGGUGUUAGAAAAAACAGGUGUAUCAAUGCAAAACUCCAGUAACAUAGUGGAAGAUGCAUCCUUCUCAGAGGCUACAAGAAAACACAAUUUUACAGACUCUGUUGAAGAAACCUCUUGUAAAAGAAUCAGGCAGGAUAGUAGACUCCAGUCUCCAGAGAUAUCAUCAGAGAGUGAGAGUCAAGUAGAACAAGAAGAUGAUUCUCAGCUUUCUACCUCUCAGGAAAAAAAUUCAGACAAUCUCACAAGAAGGCAGUCCAGAAGGUCAUCAAAACGGAUAGCGCUGCCAAAACACGUCUCGAAGCUAAGGACUGCUUCUUCUGCCUCUGAAUGUGAGGCUGAUUGCAAUGAGAAGGGGAAUCAAAGGCAACAAGUUAAACUGAGUGUUACUAGAGGGAAAAAUUUGAAAACUACACAUAGGAAGAAAUCUGGGAAGGAGCACAGAAGUUCAAAGACAGCCUUGGUGACCCUCCGGGCUUCUCAAGAGGAGGAGGAGGAGGAGGAGGAGGCAGCGGCAGAUGACUUUGAGCCUGAUGAUGAAGAUGAAUGCUUUGCACCAGAGGAAGUAAACAAAGCUCCAGUGUUUGUUCCUAUAGGUCUUCGAUCUCCAAAACCUGUUCCUGUUCAGAUAGAGGAAACCAUGGAGGAGCUGGAAAUACUUGUGAAUAUACCAGAUGUGCAGGUGCCUACUGAUGCUGAAAGUCUCUCAUACGCAUCUGUGCAGCCGGUGGUACAGAAGGAGGAAAAAAUACGAAGGACACAGCUGUGGGAAAACUAUGAAACAACUAUACAUGAAAAUCCAGAGGUGGACAAAGGAAUUAAUGAUGGAAGCACGGAAGCUGCCAUGACUUUACUUGCAAUGGGUGAUCCUAUGUUCCAGUUAAAAACAAGCACUGAAGAAUGGACACACAUGUUACCUGCUCAACAUGAGUUGGACAUGGCCAAUAGCCUUGUAACCCAUGCCUACUGCAAACAAAAUAGAACUCCUAGUCAGUAUUUACUUUCUUCAGACACUUCUACCACGGAAUUGAUCCCUUCUGAGGAUGGAAGCAACAUUAAUGUAGAGGAUCAAAGUACUGGCACAAGAAUAGGUGUCGAAGAGUAUUUUGAGAAAAAUGCUACGGAUACCAGUGAUAGCUCUUUGCCUACGGUGAAUAGUACGAGACUGACAAGAGGCAGACUCCUGAAGCCUGAGCCAGACUUUGGAGUAUUGAGGUCCAAUGAAAACAUAAUUCAGAAGUCCCUUAAUACAAAUGUACUUGUGGAACAACUAGAGCAAGUUCAAAGUGAGUCUACAACCCUGAGAGGUACUGCAGAAAUGCAGAAGGUGGAACUAGAACAGGUCAGACCAGCUGCAGGUGCUUCUUCAGUUCUUCAUGAUUUUGCAGUUAGAAGUAUGGAACUUUCCAAGCAAGUAGACAAAACUGAGAGAACAGAGAUGACAGAUGCUUGUGGAAAUUCAGGAGAUUUAAGACCUGUAACUGCAUCACCAAAAGCUGAAAAAUCUCACCUUGGACUAGAGGAUUAUCCAAAUAAAAGUUCUGUGGAUGGACUUCCUGAGCAAAUUCCUUGUCCUCCUGAGCACAAUAUAUGCACAAUCAACUUUACUCAGAAGGAAGCUUGUGCUCAGGAUUCUCAACAACUAUGUGUAAGCAGCACAGAAGAAACUUCAGUAGUGAACGAUGAUCAUAGAUGUCCAGAGGAGGAACAGACAUUCAUUUUAACAUUGGUGGAAAUCCCAGCUGACUCAAAAGAGUUUGAUGCAUCUGCUUUGCUGGAACACACUUCAGAACCAUUACUACCAGCCCCAAUACUUAUCAGCCCAAUAAAUGCAAGUGAAACAAGCAUGACUGAAGUGGAGAGCAUUGGAUCCUUGACAACUGCACCUGAUGAAUUUGCUGCACCUUUAAACAGCAGUAUGGAAACCAAACAACUAGAGAGUGCAUCAGUAGAGGCCAUUCCAAAUUUGCAGACAACUCAAAAAAGGUCAGCUGCUGAGCUUGAAGAGAAUGAUUUUCCUCCUGCCAAGAAAACUCUGUCUACUGUUGUAGUGGAAGGUAACUUGGAAACCACUUACAAGGGUUAUUCAGUUAAAUCCACAAAUGCUCUAGUGAUAGCUUCUGGGAAUCCUUUUCAAAAAACAGAGGCUUCAGCAAAGGAAAAAGUACUUACCUCUGUGUUGGUGUCUGAGUCUGUGUCACCACUGGCUGAGAGCAGCCAGCCUGAGACUUUGGAGAACUUCGGGAAAGCACCACUUGAGAAUUCAGCAUCCAAACAGGAAGAGGAGGUGAUGUCCAGAUUAACCUCUAACAGAAAAGCAGAAAUAAGCGGACAAGGAAAGCAGGGGGAUGUGCAUGAAUCUGGACAGUUAGAACUUUCUGGAAGCCCAGCAUCAUCUUCAAAAACUCCAUUACUCAGGGGUGGACGAAAACCAUUGGGAUUUUUAUCUUUAAUUUGCAAAAAAAGUAGUUCUGAAUCUGCAGAAGAUACCAAAGGGAAUAGCGGGAAGAUCCAAAAACCUCGGAUUGUGACUGCAAAGCGAAGUCUAAAAAAACCCACUCCAUCCACUAAGGAUGAUAGGGAAUCUUGUUCCCUUCCCUCUACAAGCACAUCAUCAUUUGUGGAGUAUGAGAAUGUAGCUGCUGAUGCUGCAGUUACGGUUCCAAGUAACAAGCCAUGUGAGAAGCCACCCCUUUGUGCUAAAGAUCAAGAAAAGGAAGAAGAGCCAACCAGAAUCUCUGAGUAUUUUUUCAGUGACAUAUUUAUGGAAGUGGAUGAUUCAGAAUAGCAAAUUGGCUUUAUAAAAACCUGGGAUCUGAUAGUAUAAUGCAACAAGACAAGAAUAUUUUUAAAAAGUUCUGAUUUGUUCUAAUGUUCAUUAUGCCACACUUACUGUCAGCCAAGCUGUUGUUAAUAAAUUCCAUAAAGAUGAAAUGGAUUCCUUCUGAAGUGACCUGGAUACUUUUAAAAUGUUGACAUCUAAACCACUACAUUGAUGUCAUUGGACCAGACCAGCGGCUUCUCACUUAUAGUUUCAUUUGUUUAGACGCCAAUAACGGGUCCAUGACUAUCUUCCAGAAAAGUGCAAUGAAAAAAUGCUUAAUCUUGUUACAAAUAUCACUUUGAAUUUUAAUGCUAAAGCUUGUGGUACUGGUUAUACAAGUUCUUUACUUCUUUUUGUGAAGUAUGUUAUGUUAGUGUGUUAGAAGGAGGAAUGAACCUUUUAUGCAUAGUGUAAUCUCUGUAGAUCAGGAUGCAAAUACUGGAAGUAGUGUAGUAAAUACAUAUGUCAAGCACUGCAGGUAUUUUUAUUAGCAUCUCCAAAUGGCAUAUUUUUGUAAGAGUUUUUAAUUACAUAAAUUAAAAGAUCCUAACCUGAAAAGCCAAAUGGGUUUAGUUCCUUAAAAAUGUGUUGAGAACAACCAGAAAAACACAAUUUACUAAAAGAUGCUACACAAUGUUAAUCUUUGCAACUGUCCUAUUGGAGUGGGAGGAAGAGGUUAAUGUUUACUAGCAUAAAUGCUAAUUUCCUUCUAAAUUUGAAAAUAAGGGGAUAGAUACCAUUUCUUUUCCUUGGUUUUAUGUGUAGGUGUUUGUAUCUCUGCUGACUUCCUUGGUUUCCCUUGUGCAAAGUAGCACAAAGAUUGGAUUUAAACCAUGACUAUACAAUGUGGUUGCUUUGAGGAUUUGCUACUUUGAAGCAGUUGAAUUUGAAUGGUUUUCCUCAUGUUGCAUGUCUACUUAUACUGUAACUCGCUAUGAAAUGCUGGUGUAGCUUUAGAUUUUGGUCUAACUUUUUACUUGCCUCAUCAAGAAGAUUGUCUUGAUGAGGUAACAAGGUUCAUGCAGUCUCAAAGUCAGGUGGUUGUUGAAAGAUUCAAUAUUUAUUCUGAAACUGCUUAUUACACAAAAAUGAGUGUAUAGAUUUAAGUAGUCUAAAUUUUUCUCCUGUUACUUAAUACCAGCAGGUACUUUUGCAAAACAAAUGAUUUAUUAUGAAAGUGCAACUGAUGUUUAAAUGGUAUUGUUAUGCUCUCAAGAAAUCUGUCUUCAGCUUCAGACUGGAUAAUCAUUUACUGGCAAAUAUUUUCAUAUAAGUAUCUAAUUAAUUUUGAAGUACUUGAAGUUUGAGCAUGUUUGCCUCCUCAGAAGUUAUUGGCAAAGCUUCUGAAGGAGCCUUUAAAAUUUUGUCAACAAGGAAAAAUACACAGAAAAGCUACUGUUACUGCAGAUUGCUAUGUUAUCAGGUCUCUGUCAAUCAAAUGUUGCUAGCAGCAGUAUCUUCUUGAGGUGAUGGAAAAGGGACUAACAGUCCCAGUGUAAAGUAACUUACUUGAAAGCAUACUGUCAACAUCCCUCCCCCCCCCCCCCCAAAAAAAAAAAAAAAAAAAAACACCACCCACACAUCUUCUGUUCAGUAUCUUGUGCUCUGCCUAAUCCAUUUAACUUGAAAUGUUUAUCUAAAUAUUGUCUUACUGUAAACAUUAUGAAAUAGAUUAAUCUAUACAUAAAGCUCCAUGUAUUGUAUAUCUUAUAGAUAUUAUUUUAGGUAUGCAAGUGUUUAGUUCUUGAUACAUGUGGCAUGUUUAAAUCACUUGCACUGAUAGAGCCUAAAAAUAAGAUUUGUGGGGAGUUGCUAUAAAAUAAUUGCCCUAAGUACUUUCUGAGGUGAUAACCAUUCUACAUUUAGUUGUGUACAUUUUAGCUUGCAUUCAUAUUACAAGGAAAAAAAAAAACCACAACUAUUUCAUUACUAAGAUUUAAGGUGCCUUAUCUACCUUGUUAAUUGGGGCUACUCAUUUUUUUCCCUUGCAGUAAGUCACAUGCACUUUGUUAGAGGAUUUUUUUUUUAAGAACAAAUUUAAUUUGAAUAGUGAUAAGACAACUUUGUGUUCUGUGUAUGAAAGUUUUAUAAUGGUGAAGGAUGUAAGAAAAGAUCAAUGAAAUCUCAAUGCCUAUUAGUUUAGCAUUUUUACAAAGAUGUGGCAUAAGACUGCUUUGCUUAGAGUUGUAUGACUCCCUGUAUCAUCAUAUGUAAGCUUUCUGUUUCAAAGAAAG